AUGGAGUGGAUGGAUCCUAUUUCUGUGUUGUUCCUAUUUCCCCUGGCAAUUGCAUUCCUUUGGAAAAUGAGCAAUUUCUGGAACAGCAGCAGACAAAAUCUUCCACCGGGACCAAAACCAUUACCACUAAUAGGAAACCUCCAUCUAAUGGACAUUAAGAGGCCUCACAGAACCCUGUUAAAGUUAUCCAAGCAGUAUGGUCCCGUCUUCAGCUUCCAAAUGGGAGUCCAGAAAAUGGUGGUUCUGACAGGCUAUGAGACUAUAAAAGAGGCUUUGGUGAACCAGGCAGAUACUUUUGCGGCGCGGGCCAACCUCCCGAUCUUUGAAGAGACUGUAAGAGGCUAUGGAGUUGUUUUUUCUCACGGUGAGAACUGGAAAGUGAUGCGGCGGUUUACCUUAACCACUUUGCGUGACUAUGGAAUGGGCAGGAGGACCAUAGAGGACACAAUUGUCAAAGAGUGCCAUUCCCUAAUUCAGAAGUUUGAGUCUUACAAAGGAAAACCAUUUGAGACAACUGUAAUCAUGAACGCAGCUGCCGCCAAUAUUAUUGUGUCCAUAUUGUUUGGCAAGCGAUAUGAAUAUGAAGAUCCCACAUUUGUAAGACUACUGAACUUAGUCAAUCAAAAUGUCCGGCUUGUUGGAAGUCCCUCUGUCACGCUGUACAACAUGUUUCCUGCUCUGGGCUUUCUUUUCGGGGGUCGCAAGAUUGUCAUUAAGAACAAGAUGGAAUUGUCCAACUUCAUACAGGACACUUUCAUAGAACGCCUCAAAGAACUGGACGUGAAUGACCAGAGGACCUUUAUUGAUGCCUUUCUAAUCCGACAGCAAGAGGAGAAGAACAGGAACAAGACUAAUGAAUUUUUCCAUAAUGAAAACCUAAAGGCUGUUGUGAGUGACUUAUUCGGUGCAGGCACAGAGACCACUUCAACUACCUUGCGUUGGGCUCUGUUGCUGAUGAUGAAGUACCCUGAAAUCCAGAAUAAGGUCCAAGAAGAGAUUGCAAAGGUGGUCGGGUCUGCUCAGCCUCGAAUUGAACACCGAUCAAAACUGCCUUAUACAGAUGCGGUAAUCCAUGAAGUUCAGAGGUUUGCAAAUAUUGUCCCUAUGAACGUGCCACGUGCCACCACCGAGGAUGUCACUCUAAAAGGCUAUUUCAUUCCGAAGGGAACUCGUAUUGUUCCAUUACUGUACUCCGUGCUUUAUGAUGAAUCUCAGUGGGAAAAGCCCCUUAAAUUCUACCCUGAGCAUUUCCUUGAUUCUGAAGGAAAGUUUGUAAAGAGAGAUGCCUUCAUGCCUUUCUCUGCAGGUCGGCGAAUCUGUGCUGGUGAGACCCUUGCCAAAAUGGAGCUCUUCCUGUUCUUUGCAAGUCUGCUGCAGAGAUUUGUUUUCCAGCCAGCCCCUGGGAUGUCUAAAGAAGACCUGGACCUGACCCCUGCAGUCGGGAUUACUGCGCCUCCCAUACCCUACCAUUUCUGUGCUUUGCCACGUGCUUAGCAUCCAGCCAAGCUUAUCUCUCGUGUGCACAACA